AUGGAUGAUAAUAAUGGAGAAGCAAAGAGAAUGGAAGAAGGUUUGAAUGGCUCUAUUGUUAUUGAUCAUGAUGAAAAGGACAAAACGGUCAUUUCUCAUGAGAAAGAUCAAGGAACAAUGAAACAGAAAACAAAGAGAAUCGCAACACUUGAUGCAUUUAGAGGUUUCACUAUCGUGGUGAUGAUAUUGGUUGAUGAUGCUGGUGGGGCUUAUCCAGAAAUUGAUCACUCACCUUGGAAUGGAUGCACAUUGGCUGAUUUUGUUAUGCCUUUCUUUCUUUUCAUUGUUGGAGUUGCCAUAGCUCUUGCUUUCAAGAGAGUCCCUAAGGUUAAAUAUGCUGUGAAGAAGAUAUUCAUUAGAACAUUGAAACUUCUCUUCUGGGGUAUACUUUUGCAAGGUGGAUACUCUCAUGCCCCUGAUGACCUUUCAUAUGGGGUUGACAUGAAAUUUAUUAGAUGGUGUGGCAUUCUUCAGAGAAUAGGUCUUGUAUACUGUGUUGUUGCUCUAAUAGAGACAUUUAGUUCCAAGAUUAGACCAACCACCCUAAAUCCUGGAUAUCUAUCCAUUUUUACUGCCUAUAGAUGGCAAUGGUUUGGAGGAUUUGUUGCAUUUCUGAUUUACAUGGUCACAACAUUCAGCCUCUAUGUUCCAAAUUGGAGUUUUGUGGACUAUAAUGAGGAAAACCCAAAGAGACAUACAGUAAUAUGUGGCAUGAGAGGAGACUUAGGAGCAGCAUGUAAUGCAGUUGGCUAUGUGGACAGACAAGUUUGGGGGAUUAACCAUCUUUACUCUCACCCUGUUUGGUCACGCUUGAAGGCAUGCACAUUAAGUUCUCCAAGUGAGGGACAUUUUCGUAAAGAUGCUCCAACUUGGUGUCGUGCUCCCUUUGAACCUGAGGGCCUGUUGAGUUCCAUAUCAGCUAUCCUGUCUGGCACCAUUGGCGUCCACUAUGGUCAUGUCUUGAUUCACNAUCAGAGGCAUUCAGAGAGGUUAAAGCAAUGGAUCUCAAUGGGGUUUGUGUUACUAAUCCUUGGCAUCAUCCUUCAUUUAACACAUGGUAAGCUACUGAUACAAGUAACUGCCAUUAACUGA